AUGCGACCUCCACAGCUCAUCCUACUCCUUGUCUGUCUGGUGUUUAUUCCUCUCUUCUUUACCACCCUUGUCCGGCAGUCUGCAAGUCCAGAAAAUGCCGCCACAUCGGAAUAUCGACGAAGCUACAGCAGCAAAGCCGGUCGCUUACGAGACCUCUUCUUCCAUGCACCCUCAUCGCUAUUCCCACCUUCCGCGCUUAUAAGUUUGACAGAUGAUAACUCGACUUUCUUCCUGGCUCGUCCUGCUGCGUUUGGGCCUCCCCUGCCAUCGUCCGGCCUCGAUGGGCAGCUGUGGAUCGGGAGCGGCUUUGGAGACGAUGUUAGUAAAAAGGGGGGAAUAACGACCAAAGCUGAAGGGGAACUAGGGUGCUCUGAUGUUCCCGGGUGGCAAGAAGGUGAUAGAACUGCGCAGUCCGGGUCCGGAGGGCGUCUUGGUACGGAUAAAGCAACAUCACAGGUCAAACCAGGCAUAGGAGUCAGCAACGACCCAACUAUAAAUAUGCAGAAGGGAGCCAGCACCGUUUUACCCGAAGAUGACCGCAAGAAUAGUGGCUCACCAACAAAAAACGACGGCACUGAUGACCAUCUUCAUCAUUCCUUGGGAGAUUCCCUAUCAGCCAGCCUUAAUGAUGCCAAGGCAAAAAACAAGCAACCAACCCAUGCCGACAUUCAGUCAUUACAGGAGACUGCGGAGAUUUCAGGGAAAGUUGUUCUACUAAGCCGUGGUGGUUGUGGCUUUUUGGAGAAGACAAAAUGGGUCCAGCGGAGAGGAGGAAUAGCCCUUAUAGUUGGCGAUAAUGAAAGCGGUGGAGGCCUUGUUACAAUGUAUGCGCAUGGCGAUACAUCAAAUGUGACUAUUCCGGCAGUUUUCACCUCACACACCACUGCACAUCUCCUGUCCUCACUUAUACCCGCCGAUAAAGGCAAAGGACCCAGCUCUCCAGGGAACAAAUCAAAAGCACCCAAUAGUGGUAAACAGAGUACAAAGACCAGUGGUAAUUCUGGAAAAACUAAUAUUGUUGCCCCUUCCUCGAAGUCUACAAAAUCUACGCAAUCCAGGCCUAAGGAUACACCAAAACCCGAUAGAGGAUUCUUUUCGUCUCUUUUCAAUUUUUGGAACGACAAAUCGGUACAUGAAGACAGUAGGCGACCACCAAGCAGUGGGAACAUCGACUGGAUUUCACAAAGCCGAAAGCCGGAUCCUGAGAAGCCAUUUAGGUCAGGACAGGACUCAAACCGUCAGGACAAAGAGAAAGGAACGGCGCCUGUUCAGACCAAACCGGAUCCCCAUCAGAAUCGUGAAGAUGACUUCCUUAUAGGAGUCCAGGACUGGCGUGAUCCUGACCUUAUCGUUAAACCCACAACAACGCCGGUCAGCAAGCCACAACCAACUAGUCAGAGUGGUAAUUCAAACAGCAAGGACGGUUCGGGCUCCGAUACAAAAGGCUUCAAGGGUGGGAGCAUUACCCCCGGCAGCGGAGAGUAUGCUCAUCCAGACAAAUCUACCGAGGGCAAAGGUAGCACGAAUGGCUCUCAUAAGCAAUCAUCACAUUUGAGAUCAGGGCCCGGAAAUAAUGGAAAGAAAGGACACUGGUGGAUGCGCCUCUUUGGCUGGGGAGAACCGAGUGAUGACAAGAACACAGCAUUUGCAAACGGACACAAAGAUUUUCAUAAUGGUCGAGGCUCACAUAACAACCAUGGCCAUCAUGGGGACAAGGAGCCAGAGAAACAUGAAGGCUUAUGGGUUACCUUAGCCCCGACUAGCAUGUCUACCAGUCCAUUCUUUGAUACUCUUUUGGUGUUGGUCGUCAGCCCCCUAAUAACGCUCACCGUCGUUUACGCACUUCUCCUACUUCGCUCUAGGAUCCGUCGACGACGAUGGAGAGCACCCAAGGCCAUCGUUGAUCAACUUCCCGUUCGAACCUACCAUACAAUUACCAGUGGCUCUAAUUCAAGCACGCCGCCUCGUACAGCAGUGCCGGACUCUGCGUCUCCUUCAUCUCCUCUCCUUGCACGAUCAGACUCUCGAGCACAUUUCCCCACCAACGCAGGUGCCGCAGCAUCAAGUUCUUUGCCCAACAUGACAGACUUUUCAGCUGGCGCUGAGAAGUCCGGCGCCGGAUCGACACUGUGGCGACGGAAAUACACUGGCCGACAAGUGGAAUGUGUUGUGUGUCUUGAAGAGUAUGUUGACGGACAAAGCAAGGUAAUGAGCUUACCUUGUGGGCACGAGUUCCACGCUGAGUGCAUCAGCCUGGACCCUUCACCCAGCUUUGAUCAAGCAAGGGCUGUUGAAGAUCACAGUGGAUUCCCUUCAUCCGCCAUCCCUAUCCCCGAGCAUGAAAACGCCGACUCUGAGUUGGAACGGGGGGCCUUGCUUGGAGACGCCCUCAACGCAUCUCACCGGUCCACCUGGAGAGGGCUUACGUCCUUGAGCCUAUCUGCCUUAAGCGGCGAUUCAAUGUGGCACCAGGUUCGACACACCCGAACUCAACGGAACCGCUGA